CUUACUAGGUGGUUGUUGUAUACUUUGACUGUAGAACAAACCAGCCAAGCAGACCUCACAUCGUCAACCCCAACGAGGCAGUCGCGGCUCUCAGACCACCUGCCACAAUGGCUGGUAACACCACCAUGGAGGCUAUAUAACCCCUGGCCAGGGGAACAGUACUUUCUUUUCCAACCUCCCGCAUAAUUCACAUUCGUUCAUACCAUACCAUAGUCACUCGCUCUUCAUACUAUCAUAUAAUAUCAUUUCAUGGGCCAAAAGCUAUCCGCAAUACACGGCGUCAAAUCAGAGGAUUACGACAAGCCCGGCAACGCGAUCAACGAGGUCUGGCUCGGUAACGUCGAAGUCAUCUCCCGUCUUCCAUUCGCCGAUUCCGACAUGGCACAAGCUGCGUGGCCCAAGGGACAAUUCCCCAAAAUCCCCUGGCAUAAUUUCAUCAUUCCGUGGAAAAGAAGCGCUUCGGCGGUUGAACGGGCUGUCGAGUCGAGUGCAAUUGCCGCAAGGCAGGCAUUCAACGAUUCCAAGAAAGAUAAUAUGCGAGACGAACUGUAUGUAUACUCGGUCCUGCUCGUCGUUGCCAUCUUAUAUUGUUGCGCUUGGUCGGCAUUGAAGUUACCUGCACAUCUGGCCCGAGAGGAACCGCCGUAUAGGCCGGACGAAAGACCACGAUCGGUGGUGAGAAAUCGUUUUAGGGAAAAGUUCUCAGUGUGCCUGAUUUCGAUCAUCAUGGGGAUGGUUUUUUGGAUGAUGGGAUUGUGUGUUCUGAACUAUUUGACUGAAUCGGUUGUGCAUGCGUCGGGCCCUUUCACAAGAAGCAUUGUCGACAUAACGUAUACUCUGCCGUCGCUGUACUUCCUUGGUCGUGGAUUGCGUGGGUUGAGGUUCUUCUGGCUUGCAAUGAAAGCCAUCGGCGAGGCCGGUGAUGACAUGGAUGACGAGGGUCAAGAUGGAUCAGUUGACGCUGGAUUGGUGGAGCAUCAACUCCCGGGCAAUCUCGCUUCAUACAAGCAGAGGCAGCGCCGCGCCUGAUGUCAGACGGUUGUUCAAUGCUGUUGGUUUAGGAUGUGGAAGGCGGGAUAUCUCGAAAGCGGACAUUGUUAGGACGAACGCGUUCACAGUACUUUGAA